CGUGGCAUUUGGCGAUCCCUGACUCUUGUCAAUUUCACAAGCAGCAAAUUUGAUUGGACAUUCUAUACAGGCGUCUGCCCCUCUCGCAUGGAGCAACAGCACGUCACUUCCGCUAACAGAAGUCUUCUGGAAUAUAUUGUCAGUGAACGAGCAGACGAUUUAGUGAUGGAAAAUGUCGUGUUUACUUGCAAGUCUAUGUGAGAAGAGUCGUGUGUGAUUAUCACAUUUCCUGUUCAAUAUGGAGGUACAACUUACUCGAUCUCGAUCUCCACCGAGUUUUAAAACAAGUUCACACUCAGCUUUUACAAAACUGGCAUCCUCAACUGAAACUUCAUCUGUCGAAGAAAGGCCAGUUGAACCGGUCAAAUGUCCUCCGAAGACUUCGAACUCUGACACCAUGACUAACUCUACUGGUCCUAAGGAAAGACUGUCAUUCAGUGUUGAAUCAAUCAUAUCAGACAAUCACGGGAAGCGAUCAGACGACAAAUGCAAUGGAGCAGACGAUGCAGUUCAUGACGUCGUUUGUGAAGAUGACUCUGCGUCAUCGUGUGCGUCACCUCCGCCAUCACCAUCAUCAUCAGUUUCAUCUCCGUCAAUACAUGUCACCCACUCGUCAUUCAGUGUGGCUGAUAUUCUUGGCAAAUCAAGUCAGAAAUCUCCCUUGGCAACGAACUCUUAUCCAGGCCCAUACGGUCAACGGUUGGGGGAAGCCAAGUGGGGCGUCUCCUGCCGCUCCCCACACUCCUGGUUGCCGCUCCCCCCCGGGAUACCAGCUCCAGCUAGCACGCCGCCCCGGAUCCAAGCACCUACAAAAUGCACACUACGUAAGCACAAACCAAACCGGAAGCCGAGAACGCCUUUCACUACGUCCCAGCUGUUAGCUCUGGAGCGGAAGUUCCGGGAGAAACAAUAUCUAUCCAUUGCGGAAAGGGCCGAGUUUUCAGCGUCCCUGAAUCUGACGGAAACUCAAGUCAAAAUAUGGUUCCAGAACAGACGUGCAAAAGCAAAACGACUCCAAGAAGCGGAGUUAGAAAAACUUCGAAUGGCAGCGAAGCCAAUGUUGCCCCCGACAUUUGGUAUAGCAAUACCAUCAUCCACCGCCUCCUCGGCGUCUUUAUUUGGACAUCAUUUAAGAGCUCAUUUCUUACACCCGGGGGCUUUUUCCGGUUUUGGACUUUUCCCCGGAACCUCAGGUCUGUCGCUGUAUCCUCACUGACACCAGUACAACCACGUGACAGUCCUUGUGGUGCCGCAGAAUACAGACACUUGGAUAUACAGAAUUAUUUUUAUUUGUACCUUUUGCACAAUCACUUUGAAAUAUGUUAAAGGCCCUCAAACAAUCGGUUCCUGGGGUAUUAUGCAAUACUUGACCACAAUUACGUUUCCUUGACGAGGGCCGACACAAGGUGUGUGUUCGUCGACUUACUGGCCAGAAUUAGCACUGAGUGUUUCCUUACGUUUACUUCUAGUUCAGUUGAUGUUUUUGUUAAUGUAUUAUUGUGGGAACGUGUUAUAAAUAUUAAGCAGUUUUGGAUAGUGCUCUGGUAAAAAAACUGAGGAACAUAAGUGCUUAUUCUUGGGAAGUUGAGACUUUGAAUUUAUUUUGCCCUUUGGUGGUUUUCCCCGUUCAUUUAAACAUAAUUCGUGCCAUGACCUUUGUACUGGACGCUACAGGUUGUCCAGUCUCGCCGCGACACACACCUGGCUGGACAGAUAGUCUACUUAUUUAUUACGUGCGUCCAUACUUGGUGUGUCACCGAACAGUGGGGUGCACGUCAAACAAUCACUUCAUUUACGAGAAGUGAUUACAUUUUGUUUCGUGUAAACAAACAUUUAUUGUAAAUAAAAUACUGAACAACGA